CCGAGGGAUGGAGCGGGCGCAGGCGGCGGCCGACCCUGCCCGCGGGAGCCCUCAGCACAGGUCAGGGAGCAGAACAGUCAGCCCCAUGCAGGUGACCUCGGUUGUGGAGAGAAAUGAGUCUGAGCCACAACUGGAUAAUGGACCCUUCUCAAGACCCUGGCCUUUUCCUACCCCCCAGCCGCCCAGGCUCCAUGGACCGUCUGCCUUGGAGUCCAAGGUGAGGGCUUUGAAGGAGAAGAUGACAGCGGAUAAACAAGGAGUGAGCCCCACCACCCAUGAGCAAUCAUCCCCCAAGAAAUCCAAAUGCCGACGAGUCAGGCCUGGGAGAGUGCGGAUAUCAGAAGGCUCUUCCCUGUCAGAUGCUGUGGUGGUGCCCUAUGCUCAGAACCUGACUGGUGAGCAGCUGGACAGCAGUGUCAACAAGGAAGAGCCCACUCACAAUGGGGCCUCCAGGCCUUCCAGACUCUAUGCCCCUGAGCUUGGCUGCUGGAAUGGGCAGGGCCCACUGCCUCCAGAAGCGGUAUGGGUGUUGCUGGAGCGUGAGAGGUGUCUGCCACCAGGACCUGACUCCUUGCCAGAGAGCCCUAUCCACAGAAUUACUCCGGGCUGGCCAGCGGGGCCUGGUCCUUAUAAAGUCACCUGCAAGCCCGGCCUGAAGAAAGGAAGGCCAGACCCCCUUCAAGAUGGUCUGGUCACAGCGGGAGACUUGGACAGCACAUCUCUGAUGCCUGAGGAGGCCUUUGUCCCAAGGACAGGCCUGCAGGGGGCGCUCUGGAAAGCUAGAGACCUGGGGGCUCCGGGCACGGGGAGCAAUGCCCUGUCCUUGUCUGACCAAGUAGAGAAGAACCGCCUCCUGCUGCAGGAGAUGCUAAAGGUUUCAGGACAGAGUCCCUCCAAGGUGGCACCUCCAGCCUGGAACAGAACUGCACCAGAACGACCAGCAGGAGAUGUGGGCUGGGAAUCAGGCAUCUUCCUUCAGGACUCAGAGCAGAACAGGACCUUUGGUCCCAAGCCGGAGGCCAUGCUGAGCACCAGCAACGAGGAUGCCAAACAUCUGCUGCAGCGUGCCCGCGUGAAAGCCAGGACCCGGCCCCUCCGUGCCAGCCAUGAUAUUGUGCCCGCCAUCACUCAGGGCAGCCGAGCUGGCCGGAGAAGUCCAGCUCCAGGCCCCAGGAUGACCUCCACCUGUGGAGAAAGCCUCCAGAGCGGCAGCCUGAGCGACUCCUCCAGCGGGGAGUCCAGCAGUGGGCAGUGGCCUAAGCAGGGCAUGUCCCCAUCGCACGUCCGCUUUGAGGAUGAAUCUGCUUGUGAAGCUGAGUUCCGCCACCUGGAGCGGCUGCAGCAGCGCCAGCGCCAGCGCCAGGUGCUGAGCACGGUGCUGCAGGCCGUGGGCCAGGGCCCUUUGCACUCCAAGCCAGAUCUCGCAGACUACGUGAACCGGGAAGUGGGGAUGGGCGCGUUCCACAGGCCAGGGGACAGCGUGGACAGCAGGGCCCACCCUCUGCCACCGCCCCACUGGGCCAGCAAGAAGAAGUGCCAAGCCUGUGGCAGCUGCCCUGAGAGUCAGCGCCUGGACCCAGCUGUCCUCGAGGAGCUCCAGGCUGCCUAUGGGGUGAAGGGCGUGCUGCCAGGGUCCCACAGUUCCCAUGGCCUGAGCUCCCCAUGCUGGCUCCUCCCUGCUGAGCCAAGGCUCCACACAGAAAGGAUCCGGGAAACACAUAUUGGGGAGCCCACCACGUGCCCUGAGGAGGGAGACUGUGCCCUGGACAGUACGGACACCUCAGACAGCUGCCUGGCUGACAGUGAGGAGGCCGGGACCGCUCUGCCCAGCAGAGCAGGCAGGCGGACCCAAGGCAGCAGCCCCGGAGAGUGGGACUUCAGGCCUCAAGGAAGCCUCCGGUGGUCCAGGCAGGCCAAGAUGGAGCUGCUCUGCGGCCUUCAGGCCUGGCGUCACCUAGGGGUAGAUGGCAUGGAGGUGGGAGAUGAAGUAAAAGAAGCUGCAGGACACAGGCCUAUGGAGUCUCCGUUUCUGAAAGAAGAUGCUGUCUCUCAGCCUCCUCCCUUGGAACCCGAGAUGGCUUCGCUGGGGUCCCAGAGGCAGCCUGGACCAGAGCUGGGACGUCCCCGGGCUCACCCUGUGGACUCCCGUGCUCCAUGCAAGCCAGCCUAUGCAACACCAUUGUCCAUGCAGCUAGCACCUUCAGCGCCAGGCAGACCAGAAAACCAUGAGUAUCUGGAAACAGUCUGCACUUCCUCCUUGAAACAAAAUCACCCACAACCCGCUGCCCCAGACCCAACCCAGCAGCCGGCCACUGCCUCCUCCCCUGAAGGCCUGGUACCGACGAGGACCACCUCCCCUGCGCCUCACAGAAAGGCAGGGCUGGCUGGACCCUGCAGGUCAGGGGAACAGGAAGAACCUGUGGGAAUCCCUCUGCCACUGUCUCCUCCAAGGACCGUGGUUCUCAGGACCUGUGGGCUCAGUCCAUCACAGAGCCAGCCCUGCAUCCCCCAAGUCAGACACCCACCGCUGGGCCCGUCUGCCAACAGCUGCAACAGCGGCAUUCCUCUGGGGCAGCAGGAGCCCUGGCAAACAGCUGCCCACAGGGGCAGCGAAGAGAGGGAGCCUUGCAGCCAGGAGCUGGAUCCACCCUUGGAAAGUGUCAGAGAUGGAGGAUGCCAGGGCUCUGUCGACUUAGCAGAUGCUGCCACCUUCAGCUCCAUGGGCAUCACCCUCUCGCUGGCCUCAGAGGAGCCAGAGUCCUGCCAGGAACCCAGGGGAGGUCUGCAGAGGACAGAGUCCAGUUCUGGGGGGCCCGUGCUGUCUGGAGCAUCACCAGGGGCCAGUGCAGGGCCCCGGCCACCCUCGGCUGCCCCUUCUGACAGAAAUAAGAAAAGGAGCAGCAGCAUCGCCUCCACGCUGGGGCUGAAAAAGCUCUUCUCGGCCCUGGGUCAGACUUCCCGGCCCAAGCUGGGCAAGUCCCGCAGCUACAGUGUGGAGCAGCUGCAGCCUGACGCACCUGGCUUGGCUUCACGCCCCAGUACUCCCCAAGUAAAGAGAGCCCCAUCGUUACAGUCCCUGAAUCCGGUGUCUCCCUCCCGCCAGCAUCGGAAAGCUGCCUCCUUUCAAAACCUCCAUUCUCUGCUGAGUGGCAGGGGCGACCGGUCCAGCCUCUACCUGGUGGAGAGCCCAGGAUGCCCCAGUGCACCUGGAAGGCCGGCCAAGGUCCCUCCCCGGCGCACCCUCAGUGUGGAGGAUGUGGGUGCCCCCAGCCUGGCUCGCACCGUGGGCCGCGUGGUGGCAGUGUUCCCGGACGGCACGAGCGAGCUGCAGCUACAGCGUUCCCCCGAGGGCACCUUUGGUUUUCGCGUGGGCUCCGGGAAUGGGCGCAGGGACUCAGGGCUCUACGUGCAGGAGAUGGCUGACCUGGACACCGCCAAGCUCUACUCGGGGCUGCUGGGGGUCGGGGAUGAGAUCCUGGAGGUGAACGGGGCCAAGGUUGCUGGGCUAAGCUUGGCUUACAUCACGGAGCUCCUGGCCCAUUCAGAGAGCCUAUCGGUUCGUGUCCUGAGGCAGAGGCCUGUCCUUCGGUGACCCGGAAAUGCUGCUGCCCCAACUACCGCCCCCUCAGGAGCCCUGAGCCGACUGGGAAUGUGCUGCACAGAGCUGCUUUGUGGACUGAAAACACAGAUCGUCGUGGCAUCCAGCCCUUCAGGCUGUGGCAGGACUGCUGUGAUGGACACCCAAGGGACAGACAAGGAGCCUAUGAAUGUAUUUUGGUUAAGGCCAUUAAUGUAUGCAGAACUGGGGAAAGAAAAUACUGGUCUCUCUACUCACUAGAGAUGGCGACAUCCAUCAUCCCUUUGUUGGUGUGUGUGGGGAAGAGAGAGAUUCGGGAGGUCCUUUGGUUGGCCUGGGAGAGCUAGCCUCGCCUCCAGGUGCCACUCCUGAAAAGGCUUUGCCGACCUGCAAUGCUCCAGGAAGAGCGGACACCAUGGCCCCGCGCCCUUCCUAUCUCCACUCUCCCACUUGCCACUUUUGCCCUUCAUCCAGAAAGGGGCGGGUGUCCUGGAGUAGCAGCCCCACAGCCAGAGAGCGCGUAUUCCAAUGCAAACCUCAGAACAUGUGCUCUGACAAGGGUUUUAUGGUCCUUCUGCAUGUGAGAACAUCUGGGAGAUGUUAUCUGGUAGCCAGAAUAUUAAAAAUUUCCUAGAAAUUUUUAUGAUAUAUAAAGUUAAAGGGGGACAUGAAACCAAAGCCAGUUUCAGGGGGUGCAGCUGUGGUAGGCAGGGCUGGGCGAGUGCAAUGGUGGACCGAGCAGCUCCCUCCCUCCCUCCCUCCACACCCACCCGCCCGCACCCUCCCCUCCAUCGCUGCCUGUGGGGCUGCAGUUUGCAGCCUGGGCUGGUCUUUGUUCUCCUGUCCAGCUUGGAGACAGGGCUGCAGCUGGUGUCUGGCUGUCCCCCAGCUGCAAGCUUCCUGUCCAGACCUCCCUGGUGGCAGCUGUGGGUGGGCAGGGAGGCAGCAGGGAGGCUCCAGAGAACAGGCGCUGCCCAUCCUGCCCCGGCGGGCGCUUCCUGCUCUGCACCUGGAUACUGCCCAGAGGGUUGGGACUCUUUGAGUACAUGGCUGUGUGUCAGUCUUAAAUUAUUAAAAUGCAAAGCUGAA